GAGGGUCAUCAUUUCACCAACUGAUUUGUUACAAAUUUCUCAAGUGAAACUACGUUGCCUGGAAGACCUCUUGACAUAAACAAUACAAAGGAUGUCAAACUUGGGACAAUUUGACUCUGAUUUUUACCAAUCUAAUUAUACUAUUGAUAAUCAGGACCAGAGUUCUGAAGAUUCUAAUGCCUAUGGAAAUCUUUAUGGAUCUAGACAACAGCAAGCCAGUGAGCAACUCCAGGCUGCCUUUGUCCCACAAGAGAUGCUCAUGUCAUCAGGUUACGAGGGACAAUUUUUUCAGCCAGCAUCCAACCCGGAUUAUUAUUCACAAUCUUCUUACAUUGACAGUUUUGAGGAAGAGCCUCCUUUGCUAGAAGAUAAGUUAAGGGAAUGCUAUUAAUGUGUGUACAGCUAGAAGAAUAAUAGCAAUAAUCAGCACAUAAUGUGCACUGUCAGCAUGCUGUAUACCGUGUUUUAUGUGUGAUUAUCCCAUGUUUAAACAAGAGUCUGCCAAACAAAGGUGCUUAAACCGUUGAAAGUUUGUCUCGUGUGUGUGUGGAGGGGAGGUGAACUGGAAGUAGAUCUGUACUAUUGCCACACUAUUACUGCUGUUAUUAAAUGUUUCUUCAGUGUGUUAGAGUGCAGACUCCCUUACCAUGUGUAGACAAUAGUGAACAUGUCUUUUAGCAGAGUGGUUAUAGCAAUGACCCUUUCUAGUCCAGUUAACUUGUAUCUUCUGCUAUGAUGCCUGGGAGCCAAGGGGGUAGUUUCUCAAUAUUCUUUUACUGUCAUGGAUACAACCCAUUUUUCUUCUUUCCUGGGUCAUAUGAGUCCCCUCAUCUCAGCUAGGUAUGGCUAAGUGGGGAGGAAUAGGAUUCCAGUAAGUAACACUGUUGGUGGCAGGAAACCAGUGGACCCUUGCAGUUGAAGGUCUCAGGGAUCUCAAGGGAUGUUCCAACCAUUGAUUUUUUUUUUUUUUUUUUUUUUUGGUUCAGCCACACUACAUCUGCUGCUUUUGCUCUUGAAGAAAGUCAACAUAUGCUAGAAGUAUAGAGGCUAGAAAACUAAAACUCAAGUAGAUUUAAAUUUAACCACAGGGAAAUAUUAAUAGGUUAACUAUUAUGCCCUAACCCCUUUAUAUGUAGUCAAGUGAAAAGGGAUAGAUUAAAAUUUAUAUUUUAUAUCAAAAGAUAAGUGUUUGUCUCGUAUAAACACAGCCAACCACUUGGCAUUAAAGCAUUCCCUCUUUGUCUUCAAAAUUCAAAAAGGGUGAAAGAUUUAAACCACUUAGAAAAGCAUAGAGGCGCAUAGGUGGCUCAGUCAGUUGGGCAUCCGACUUCCACUCAGGUCAUGGUCUCAUGGUUCAUGGGUUCAGGCCCUGCGUUGGGCUCUAUGCUGACAGCUCAGAACCUGGAGCCUGCUUUAGAUUCUGUUUCUCUCUCUCUCUCUGCCCCUACCCCACUCGCCUCUGUCUCUCUCUCUCAAAAUUAAACAUUAAAAUAAGAAGUUUUAAAAGAAAAGCACAGAAAAUUAUGUAAUAGUUUUGUUGGCUCUUUAGAAGCCAGUUAGAUUUGGGAAUCAGUUAUGUUUAACCAAUUCAUUCUAGUUUGCCUCUGAAAUAGUAAUCAACAUAUGAAAGUUAUAAGCUAUCCUCAUUACACAUUUUCCUUGAUUCCACCAACAUAUCUACUUUAAAAAAAAAAAACUAUCAGUUGUGUUGUUAUAAAAGUUAUCUAUAUUCAACAUAGAAAUUUAAAAAAUACAGAAACAUAUGAAUAAAAUUAUGAGAACCACCUAAAAUUUUGUCUCUAUGACAUAACUACUAUUAAUGAUUUGAUGUAUUUUCUUCCAGCCUUUAUUCUAUUUUUCUGAGUGUGUGUGUGUGUGUAUAAAAUGCAUUUAUGUAUGGGGCGCCUGGAUGGCUCAGUCAGUAAAGCGUCCAACUUCAGCUGAGGUCAUGAUCUCAUGGCUUGUGAGUUCGAGCCCGGCAUUGGGCUCUGUGCUGACAGCUCAGAACCUGGAGCCUGCUUCGGAUUCUGUGUCUCCCUCUCUGUCUGCCCCUCAUCGGUUUGCAUUCUGUCUCUCUCUCAAAAAUAAAUAAACAUUAAAAAAAGUACAAAACUUUAUAGCCAUUGUAUGAU